AAAUUGAUAAUGGUUAAGGCCUCAGUGAACAAGCGAGGAAGCUUUCAGGAGGGUUCGAGGCUUCUGAUUUUGGCAGGGGACAUGUUUAGCAAGGGGAAGAUAGGGUGCUGCAGAAUGUUGAAGACGAAGCCGAGCUGUUAUUCUUUGGCAGUUUGGGAACGAGUUUUGACGAAACAGAUUGCUAUUGGUGAAAGCAUGGAGGUUCUGGUGGUCGACAUCGUGCUGUCGGACUGGAAAAUCAAAUUUCAGGGGUUCAUUGGUGGCCUAUGUGUGAAAGAAGACGAAGGGAUGUUGAUCCGUCCACCUCCAGAACCGCCGCCUUGGAGGAAUUCUGCGACUAGGGUUUGGACGAGUAUUUCUAUUUCUACUGAGUCGAUUGUGUUUUGUUUUUAUUUUAUAUCGAUUGUGUUUUGUUGCUUAUUUAUUUUAUGUUGUAAGACUUUUGCACUUGGAUUGGGGGAUGAGAGGUCUGUGGUAAUCGUCGUGAUUUUGAAUAUGCCCAAGUUAGGAUUAGCGAGUUAUAUUGCUUUGUCAAAGGUGAUUAACUCAGAGUCUCGUCCACGGGCGUAUGGUUACAUGUGGUCCUUUUGUUAUUUCAACCCCUUUCUGAGUGCUUUUUAUGAAUGAAUGUCCGUUCGAAGAUAAAAAAAACUAGGAUCUUGUUUUUAUAGAAUAGAUGUCCUUAAAUUUAAACUAUUGAAUUGUUCUAUUAUUUAUUUGUCCGAGUUAAGAUAAGUUAUUUAAAAAACUUUUUCC